GCAUACGUGUCCUCUCGUCCCUCCCUCAGUCACCAGCUCCAAUGAUGUAUUUGUAGAUUUUCUUUUUUUUUCGAAGCUCAUUCAUAUUUAAGAGCUGUCACCGGAGUCGUUCUUGUUAAGCCAGAUCCUCCUUCAGCUUUUGUGACCGUCGUCCGACAGGAGAAACAUCAAAACCAUGUGUGACAAAGUUGUGCUGACCUAUGUGAAGGGAAGAGGGAGGAUGGAGUCAAUCCGCUGGGUCCUGGCAGCCGCACAAGUGGAGUUUGAAGAGAGAUUCCUGACAUGUAACGAGGAGUAUCUGAAACUCCAAGCCGAUGGUUCACUCAUGUUCCAACAACUGCCUCUGGUGGAGAUGGAUGGCAUGAAGCUCGUCCAAACUAAGGCCAUCUUACACUACAUUGCAGAGAAGUACAACCUUCACGGCAAAGAUGCCAAAGAGCGAGUCCGGAUCGACAUGUACACAGAGGGGCUGAUGGACCUGAUGGAAAUGAUCAUGACGCUGCCUUUUCAAACGGAUACUGAAAGCAAACUGGCGAACAUUGAAACUAGAGCUAAAGAGCGCUACCUGCCGGUGUUUGAAAAGGCUCUGUGUGAAGGAAUACACCUGGUGGGAGGGAGAAUGACCUGUGCAGAUGUGCUGCUGAUGGAAUGCAGCCUGAUGUUGGAGGAGAAGUUUCCUGGUAUUCUAGGUGACUUUCGCAACAUCAAGUCUUUCCAGGGGAGAAUGACACAGUGUCCAGCGAUUAAAAAGUUCCUUGAACCGGGCAGUAAAAGGAAAGGUCAACCAGAUGAGUGCUACGUCCAAACAGUCCGUAAAGUGUUUAACUUCUAAACACUGGCAUCAGUGGUCGUCGCCGUCCCUGACAGCUCAUCCACAAACCAGAUCAAGAGCACUAAAUGACGGAUUUUUAUUUCCAGAUUUCAAUGUUUCACAUUGGCCACUUCAAUAAAGGUGUUU